AUGAUACUGAAAACUGUUAGCGACAGACAGACAGAGCUUGCUCACGAUCGCUCGGAGAAGUGCACCAUUGCAAGCUUGACAUAUAGAAUCAAUACUUACUUGAACGCAACACUCGCAAACAUAUCAGAUAUUCUACCAGACUUAACUUGCGCGAGAUUUCUAAAAAAAGAACUAGCCUCGAAAGUCCGCGGGUCAUGUCAAUAUGCCGGCAAGCAACGCAAAGGCCAGAAGCCUUCACGGGAGAAUCUCAGCCUUGACACCGGCAUUGCUUUUAACAGGCGAACACAUCGGAACUUAACCGUCAAAAUACUGAAAAAAGCUGGGUAA